AUGGAGCAGGCUCCUACAUCGUUUUCUUCGCCCUCGCCCUUCGUUCGAUCGCCACCGGAAAAUCACAUAAUGCUGGAAGAUACUUCCGCUUAUUCAUCGCCUAUGUGCUCUGUCUCAAGCUAUCCGAGCAACUCGCAGUCGACCACUGGUUUAGGAAUCUCCCAUUGUGAGAUGGAAGACCCAUCCAGUCAGUUAAGGCUGUUUCCACCCGACACAUACCCAUCGCCGGUAACAGAAUGGCCGAAUCAGAUGAUCCCUCCCGAAUCCCUUCUCGAGACGACGCUGGACGUCGGUCAUUUCUCUCCAGGGCCAUGCUACGAGCCAUUUGGUGCUCAUUCUGAUGUUUCUGUCUCGCCCCUUACCUACUACAGCCCGCAAACUCUGAACGCCUCUUCUAGCUAUGGCUCUGCUAUGGAUUUCGCCGGAAAUUCUGGCACUUUGAGUGCCCCCUCAUCUCGCUUUUGGCCGAAUACCCCCCAAUCCGACGCUGCUAAUCCCGAGAUCCAGCCCCGAGUGAAGGAAGAACCUGACGACAGUUGGGAGCAACACAUUUUGACAAAGGCCAGUGAUUCUACGGGAAUUGGCUCGAUGCCACAAAUGCCUCACAUAGUGAGCAACAAUGCUUAUUCAACAUCUCAACACUUUUCCAAUAACGGUAAUGGUACUUUGGUCGAAUUAAACCCAAAUCUGGGAUGCCAGAGGGAUGAGAGCCGAAAGCCUACAGCACGAAAUGCUCCUGUUGAAGUAGUCUUUCAAUUGACGAAAAGCGACAGCGACCUCCCCGAUGAGCGGUGCAAGAUACCAUCUGCAAGUGGCCUUGAAUGCCCCAUCUGCAGUAUGAAGUUCACUCGACGUUCUAACUGUCGCGAACAUGUGAAGAGGCAUGACCCAAGCCUCAGAAAGUCGUACCACUGCGAGUUCUGCGAUAAGCCAUUCGGAAGAAGGACUGACCUUCGGCGACAUGUAGAUAGUAUUCAUCAUGGAAUCCGAAAAUUCGGUUGUGAGGAUUGUGGCCUACGGUUCAGCCGACAAGAUACACUCUCGAGACACAAAGCAGACGGUUGUCCUCGAAGACCACGACGCACGGGUGUCUCCAGAAAGUUCGAAGCAAUUCAAGCGUCGCAACACGUCCCUGGACUUCCUCCCAAAGAUCCCCACGGCAGAAACAAACGACGGCAGUCCUUACCGAAGCAAUAG